AUGGCUUCCGUCAGCUAUGUUGCUGCUCGUGGGAUUUCCACCCUUCCCCGCGCGGAAGGUGUGGAGGCCUUCAAGGCCAAGGAGCAGGUUCACCUCAAGGAAAGCUCGUUGCUUGGGGAGAAGCUCAAUGUCGCUCGUCGUCAGGCCGUUCCUGUCGCCAGGACAAUCGCUCCCGUCUCAGCUUCCCUGUCGUCUGGCCCUCCCAGGAGCCACAAGCUCCGAGCUAGCAGCGCUGCCGCUCUCGAGCAAUUGAGGUCGAGCGGUGUUCCCGUCGAGGAGCUCCGCCCGCAUCUCUUCCUGCUCCGUCAAAGGGACGCUACGCAGCACCUUCUCCGCGUCUCAUCCGGCCUCGACUCUCUGGUGCUCGGAGAGGGUCAGAUCCUCGCUCAGGUUAAGCAGGUCUUCAAGGUUGGCCAGUUAGCUGAGGGCUUUGGACGCAAUCUCAACGGUCUCUUCAAGCAGGCGAUCGAGGCCGGUAAGCGUGUGCGUACCGAAACCAGCAUCGCGUCGGGUGCCGUGUCCGUCAGCUCUGCUGCCGUUGAGCUCGCCGCGAUGAAGCUUCCCGAAGCUGGCCUGAAGGAAGCUCGCGUCAUGAUCGUCGGCGCUGGGAAGAUGUCCCGUCUCCUUGUGAAGCAUCUGCUCUCUAAGGGUUGCAACACCAUGACCGUUGUGAACAGGUCCCUAGGCAGUGUAGAGACGCUGCAGUCUGAAUUUCCCGACGCCACGCUUCUCUACAGGCCUCUUCCUGAGAUGAUGCAAGCAGCGGCUGAGGCUGAAGUUGUCUUUACCAGCACAGCUUCGGAGACUCUUCUUUUCGAGGAGUCCAACGUUCAGGGUCUUGGUCCUGCUGGCGAUCUCACCAACGGCGUCAGGCACUUCAUCGAUAUCUCCGUCCCACGCAAUGUUGGCUCCUGCGUGGCCAAUGUUCAGCAGACCAGGGUGUACAACGUGGAUGACCUGAAGGAGGUGGUUGCCGCCAACAAGGAGGAGCGGAGAAAGAAGGCACUGGAGGCUCAGACUAUCAUUGAGGAGGAGCUUCAGGCCUUCGACGCGUGGAGGGAUUCCUUGGAGACGGUUCCUACCAUUAAGAAGCUCCGUCAGAAGAUCGAGGGUAUCCGACAGGCUGAGCUGGACAGAAUCCUGGCGAAGAUGGGCGAGGAACCGACCAAGAAGCAGAAGAAGCUGAUUGAGGAGCUGAGCAAGGGUAUUGUGAACAAGAUUCUCCACGGACCCAUGACCCACCUCAGGAGCGAUGGCAGUGAUGCAAGGACAGUGAGUGAGACGUUGGAGAACAUGAAUGCCUUGGAGCGGAUGUUCGACCUGGCUGCUGAGGAAGCCAGCGGCCGGCGAUGA